CGUCUUUUUCCCCCCGGACCUGAGCGGAUUGUUUACUUUUCUUCUGAAUGCGUUAAACACACAAAAACUUAAUUUAUUAGCAUUUAAUCGGGUCAGUUUCGGGGUUUUGACCGUUACAACGUGUAUGUGUCAGUCUUUAUCACGUUUACCGAUAUUAACCGGACGUUUUUGUGUGGUUUUUGGAGGAUAAAACGCCUCAUUUCCUUACCGAGAGAGAGGCAGAAAGUCAAGCGAACAUGUCCGCGGAGCUGCGGAUGUUCACCGCCGGAGCAGCGGAGGGGUUCGGCGGCGGACCCCGCAGCAGCCCGCCGCCAGAGAUGGAGACCCUGCGGAUGUACGUUAACGAGCGGCUGACGGCGGCGGUGGACGACAUCCUGGGGCUGUUCGGGGAGACCGUGGCCCGGUACCGGGAGCAGAUAGACCGUCAGCGGGGACAGCUGGACAAGCUGAGGUCCGAGGAGGACAAGUGGAGCCAGACAGACCCCGACCAGACGUCCUCCUGGGUCAAACUCUGCCCUGAUGAUCCGAUCCGAAGCGUCCCGCUGGACCGGACGGACCAGACCCGUGAGACAGACGCCGUCUUCUCCGCCGCUCGGAUCAAAACGGAAGUCUGCGGCGAUGACCGCGGAGCUUCUGAGCCAACGAGCGACUUCGAUCCAGAAAGAGCGAGCGACGGCCGACAUCUCGCCGACUCAUCCAACACGGAAGACAGCGGCGACUGGGGAGAGGCGCCGGGGCUUUGGAGACCGGAGGAGAUGGACGAAGAAGCUCGGGGACAAAGUCCACCUCCGGGCGGAACGGCGCCGAGCUCAGCCGAGCCGCCACGCCCGUCCCAGCCGGCGUUUAGCUGCAAAGUUUGCGGCGAGUCCUUCAAGAGGAUCGGCCGCCUGACCACGCACGCCUCGGAGCACCCGAGAGACUGCGGCCUGUGCGGGAAGCGCCUGGAGCCCGCCGAGAGCCUGGAGCUCCACCUGCGCGUCCACCGGGACGCGGCGUUCCACUGCGGCGUCUGCGGCCAGGGCUUCACGCUGCGCGGGAACCUGCGCACGCACCUGAGGAUCCACACGGGCGAGCGGCCGUUCGGCUGCACCGUCUGCGGCAAGAGCUUCGGCCGCCGGGCGUCGCUGGUGCGCCACGUGCGCAGCCACACGGGCGAGAAGCCCUUCGUGUGCGCCUACUGCGGCCGCGGCUUCGUGGAGAAGGGGAACCUGACAGUGCACCUGCGCACGCACACCGGCGAGCGGCCGUACCGGUGCGCCAUCUGCGACCGGCACUUCAGCCAGCGGUCGUGCUUCUACAAACACCCGUGUCAGAGGAAAGCCUGUCGGCGGCCUCCGUCGUCGCACGCCAAAAACACCGACGGCGAUUAAAGGCCGCGGCUAACGGCUAUUUUCAGCGUGGAUUAACGUGCGGGGUAUUUUCUGGAUGAAUGGAUCGGUUGUUUGUAGGGGUUGCACGAUAUGGACAGAAUGUGAUAUUUUGCGAUAUCGAUAUUAAUUUUGAUAUUUUUAAACGUAUGUAAAAUUACAGAAGUUACGGGAAAACGCAUCGAAAUAGAUUCCUAACAAAUACAACACAAAGGUUAUUUCAACUGACUGUCAUAUUGGACACACACACACACACACACACACACAC